GAUUAAAGAUUUUGUUAACUAUAAUCUUAUCAUUAAUCACUUACCUUUGAAAGCUCGCAUGUGUUUCUCUUCUCCGUGUUAAACGCUGUCGUUUUUGGCGUCACUGUUAUUUCAACACUUUUCUCCAAUCUCACCGAACGUUUAUUUUCCCUUCCGUUUUCUCGAGAAAAUCUACCUUUUUCCCCGAGAAAUUUCAUUUUCUCUGGUUCACCUGCUUGUUGCUCGCUUAAAUACAGCGAUUUCAUCCAACCAACAAGUACCUUCACCAACACACUGAUGGAUCGGAGGAGGGCGGGUAGCCCAGUGUAUGGUCGCCAGUGGAGCGAAUCAUCGAACAGUACGGAGGCAACAUCACCGGCGAUGUCUCCUGCUCACCGGAAACAGCUCGGUGGUAUCGGAGGUUUCUCCACCGUUAAACGGACUCAGAACGUAGCUGCCAAAGCCGCGGCACAGCGAUUAGCUAAGGUCAUGGCCUUACAGAACAAAGACAACGGAGACGAAGAUGAUGAAGAUGAAGAUGAAGAUCUAAGUCUCAGAUUCGCAUCUGCUUCUUUAAAACCUGCUCGUCAUGCACCUUCUUCUAUCUCCUCCACCGGAAGCAAUAGCAGCAACGGAAAUAAUAAUUUGCCGGCUGUUUCAUUUGCUCCCCGAACUAGAUCGCCGUCUCCUGCGUUAGGCAGGAACUUCGCCGAGCAAGUACCUUCUUCAGUGCGGUCUGCUUCAGCCGGAAGGCCGUCAAUGUCUGCUAGAUCUACGACUCCGACUCCGAUUCCUAAUCUAAUGCCGCCUAGUAGGGUGUCGGUGAAAACUCCGGUUUCUAUUCCUCCACUUGAUCCUCCAACUCGGAGCAGAGAUAAAAGGUUCUUUGCUGAUGUACCAUCAGUAAAUUCAAAAGAAAAGGGUGAUCAGCGGGAAGCUUCAGCUCUUCGUGAUGAACUGGAUAUGCUACAAGAGGAGAAUGAGAAUGUACUGGAGAAGCUUCGUCGUGCGGAAGAAAAAAGGGUGGAAGCAGAAGCUAGGGCUAAGGAGCUCGAGAAACAGGUUGCCUCUCUUGGAGAAGGAGUUUCCUUGGAGGCGAAAUUGUUAAGCAGGAAAGAAGCAGCAUUGCGUCAAAGAGAGGCUGCUCUAAAUGUUGCUAAACAAAAAAAGAGUGGAAAGGAUGAGGAAAUUGUUUCCCUACGUUCGGAGCUUGAGAACUUGAAAGAUGAGGCUACAACUGCUGCAGAACGGCUUCAAGAAGCAGAGUCUGAAGCGAAGUCUCUUCGCACAAUGACUCAGAGGAUGAUUUUAACACAGGAUGAAAUGGAAGAAGUAGUUCUGAAGAGAUGCUGGCUUGCUCGGUAUUGGGGCUUGGCUGUGCAACAUGGCAUUUGUGCGGAUAUAGCACCAUCCAGGCAAGAGCACUGGUCAAAGUUGGCUCCUCUUCCAUUUGAGCUCGUCACUUCAGCAGCACAGAAGGCGAAGGAGUUAUCUUGGGAUAAAGGUGGGAAUGAUCGGAGUAAGGCGGCUAGAGAUUUGAGUGAUCUAACUGGAGAAGGAAAUAUUGAAAGUAUGCUUUCAGUUGAGAUGGGUUUGAGAGAGCUAGCAUCAUUAAAGGUGGAGGAUGCUGUUGUGCUUAUAUUCGCCCAGCAGAGAAAGUUGAGUUUGGUUCGCCACACUGUUUCCGACUCCAAAGGUCAUGGAGAAUCCAGAUUUAUCGAUGCAUAUGAACUGGGUGAAGCGGAACAAGAAGAUGUUGCCUUUAAGCAGGCAUGGCUGAUGUACUUCUGGGGAAGAGCUAAGUUGCACGGUGUGGAAGAUGACAUCGCAGAGGAACGUGUCCAGUUAUGGAUCAGCCGUAGCAGUGGGAAAUCUCAGACGACUUCUCAUGAUGCCUUGGAUGUGGAAAGAGGGUUGAUAGAGCUACGAAAACUGGGAAUAGAGCAACAGUUGUGGGAAGCUUCUCGACGAGAAAUCGAUCAGCUUCCCUCGCCUACUUCUUCGAAUCACGAUCUCGAUGCUGAUUCAUAGUAAAGUCUCUUCCUUUUCUUUGAUAGAAGAAAUUUUCGUUUUGUAUAUCUCUCGUCAUGUAAGUUUCACGAAGAAUCUGUUGUGUCAUUGUAUUUUUUAUGUUUUCCCUUUUCACACUUAAGUGUGUAAGCUUUUGGUAUUCUUAUUUUUGCAAUCAAUUCCAAAAAGUUUUGGAGGACGAUACUGGGUAAAAAAUAGGAUAUCGAAAACACUGAUCACGAAAAAUUCAUGUUACCCUUACUGUUUUUAUAAACCAUGUUUUGAGGAUGGGAUAGAAGAAUUGAACCUCGUUAAUCUGUGAUUAGAUUCUCAAUUUUGACACUUAUAUGACUCGAUGAAAUUCUAACCAAAUCCUGCUUUCUUUUUUUUUGUGGGAAAUUCUCUGUGGUUCCCGAACAGUCAUUAUCCAGAAACAAAGAGAUUAGAGUACAAAAUACGAAUCAUAAGAGACUCAAUAGUCAAUUCAAUAACACUUAAAAGAAAAUCACUAGAAAACCCCUUGUUUCCUUCUACAAUAUUGGAAUAGGAUCUUCCAUGGCUUCUUCAGCAGCAAAACCACCAACACGUCCAGUGGUACCACUCAACACAACCACACUUCCUUCGGCAUCAACAUCAACAAUCACAGAAUCUCCUUCUUUAAUGUCCCUUGAAAGCAUCUUCUCCGCCAUACUAUCCUCCAAAAGCCUCAUUAUUGCACGUCUAAGUGGCCUCGCACCAUAACUCGGGUCGAAUCCUUCAUCCACCACUCUCUCUUUAAACCUCUCAGUCACCUGAAGCUCAAUCUCUUUGACCUCAAGUCUCGCCACCACUUCUUUAAGCAUUAUAUCAGCAAUCUCCUUGACUUCCAGCUUUGUUAACUGUCUGAAAACAAUCAUCUCAUCUAACCUGUUCAAGAACUCUGGUCUGAAAUACUGUUUUAGUUCCUCAGUCACUAAGCUCUUGAUUCUGUUGUAACUGCU